CCCACACUGACAGCUACGUUCCGACACCGCGUUUGUUAUUGUUUUCGGUGGAUUGUUUACCAAACGCACGGCACAAUUUCUUGCUCGCGCUAAUUUUAUCACUUUUAUCGUCUUUUUUGUGACUUUCCACUGCUUUUCUAACUAAGUUCGCGCUUCACUCUUCCCAGGCGGCUUGAAGGCAAGAAGCGAGAAAUUGCUUAUCAACCGGUGAACCGUUUUGAGGCACGUUUCGCGUCCCGGACACUGCCUGAUUGUGGAGGCUUUUUUUUUUGUUUUUCCUAUGAAAAUGGACGUGAUAUCGAACGAAAAGUAUCUUAUUGCGCGUGCAAAAGAAUCCACCGAUCCGUACAAAGCGAAGGCGUGGAUAAUAGCGGCCAAAACGCUGUUUCCGAAUGACUUUGGUGUGCAGUUUGAGGCGUACGAAAUCGAAAAGAAUGCCAACAACUUUGAGGAAGCGGCCAAAUGUCUAAGCUACAUUGUGAUGACGUUCCAUGGGGCUCACCAAACGCCGACCAAUUUGUUGAACGAGAUAUCGCUCAUGACGAAUGCGUUGCGCAUCCCGGAAGGAUGUACCACACCGGAGCAGGAGUUUUACGUGAAGAUGUUCCAAUACAUUUCGUACGAGGUGCAGCAUCAGAUACUGCUACUAACGGCGGCCCAUUCCAACAACAAUCUUGACCAUUGCCGGUUGAUAAUGCUGCUGCUGAAGCGCUUCCCGCAAGCAAUUUCUACUCACGCGCCCCGCUUGCUGGAAACGUUGAUACAGAAUGUGACCAUGCCCAGCUUCAAGGAGAUGCUGUUCAACGAAGCGAUACCGCUGGUGUACAACCGCGCACCGGACCUGGCGCCCAAGCUCGUACAUCGGUUGAUGGCGGUCUGUUUCGAGUACUACUUGAAUCAAAUGCUAAACGACACCGAGGACCGUGCCCGGACGUCCACCGAUUGUUGGAAGAAAAUUUUCGAAAUAUUGGACUUUUGCGGCAAAAUUCUCAAGUGGGAACCGUUCGUGCUGUACAAGAAAAGUUGGAGCAAGGACGUGUAUUGCCAGAAAAUCAUUCACAUCUACAAUCUCGAUCCGUUCCGGUCGACGGAAAGCAAACAGAUACUGUUUUGCGCCACUAUCGUGUUCGUGCUGGCACUGCAGGAUUACAUCGGGUACUCGAAACUCCGCUCGAAGGAUGGUACAGCCGAAACGGAGGUCAUACUGGUUGAGGCCCUGAAAGAUGUGACACCGGAGGUGAAGCGGCGUGCGCACGAAGGUGUCCUCGAGAUUCCACACAUUCUGGUGAAUGCCCCGGUCAGCCCGGACGCACCCAAUUGUUUGCUUGCCUGCCAAAGCUGCUGGCAGCUGCUCCAUUCGAACGAUGUAAUGAAAGCGGACUUUGCGCAACUGAUACUCUGCAUACCGCAGCUGUCGGGUUGGGUGCAAAAGUUCCUGAUCGAUCUGUACGUGUGCGCGGGUCAGCAUGAAGAAACGGCCACUCUGCUGCAAGCGUCCACCGGCACCACGAUGACGCAGCUUGAAAAAUCGGUACGCCAGUUUGCGCUCACGCUCGUGCAAGGUCCACCGACGGUCCAUCUGUUCGAGCAGAUGGGCACAAUUCUGAAGCAUCUGCCGCAUGCACCAUCCCGUGGUUACUAUCUGGAGAACGUUUCGCUCGGCCAGACGGCACGCGUUCUUAUGCUGAUGCCGUUGACCAAGCGCGCCAUACUGCACUACCUCGUGCAAACGCUAAUCGUACUGCUCAAACCGAAACUGAUAGACGUGGAGUGCAGCAGCUCGCUGUUGGGCAAUCUGUUGGUACUGUCUCAACUUAACUGGCCGCACGAAUCGGCGACGGUAGAAUUCAUUUUCGAAAUCAUCAAAACUCGCCGGCUCUUUGCGUACCUACACUUUACGAGCUACGUUAUCCAGGCGGAAAUCAUCGAAGAGUUUAUGCACCUGUGGACACACUCGCCGGACGUGAAGCUGGAGCUCGCCAUGCCUCAGCAAAGCCUGGCCACCGGUGCACGCCGCAUCGGAACGCGUGGAGCGGAUAAAGGUGUCAAGGAGGACUUUAAGCAGAUCAUUCGCCAGCAAGUCGCACGCAGCAAUGAUGAUAUCGACGAACUGUUGUUACAAUUUCUACAGCAGCACCAGGUAACGCUUGUGCAGAACGUGUUCGAUAAAUGAACUUCCGGUGCAAUAAACUGUCCCUUUGCUCGAAUUAA